AUGGAGCAUCAAGUUCACGUGUCUGAAAGUGGUCAUUAUGAGAUGCCCCUGCCAUUCCGUGACGAUAACCCUACUCUUCCAAAUAAUAGGGUCCUUGCUGAGAAAAGACUCAAUCACCUCAAGGCAAAGUUUAAGAAGGAUCCUGAAUAUCAUGAACAAUACACAAAACAAAUGAAUACCCUCUUCAAUAGCAACUAUGCAGAGGUCGCAUCAGAGUCUGGAGAAGAGGGUAAAGUAUGGUACAUUCCCCAUCAUGGAGUGAAACAGCCCAACACGUUGAGAGUUGUUUUUGACUGCAGCUCGCAGUUUAGAGGAACUUCAUUGAAUGCUCACUUGUUAACAGGACCGGACAUGACUAAUACCCUCACCGGUGUUCUUUGUCGAUUCAUGAAAGAAGUCACGGCCUUCAUGUGUGACGUGAAGGAAAUGUUCCACCAAUUCCAGGUAAACAAAGAGCACAGAAAUUACCUCCGGUUUCUAUGGUGGUUAAACGGAGAUGUUAGUCGCCGACUUAGUGACUGCCAGAUGAACGUUCAUCUUUUUGGUGCCGCGUCUUCGCCUGGCUGUUCGAACUUUGCAUUGAAGCAGAUUGCAAAGGACUAUGCAGAUGAGUUUGGACACGAUGCAUCAGAUUUCAUACAGAAUGACUUCUACGUAGAUGAUGGGUUGAAAUCUGUAUCAACCGAAGAUGAAGCCAUUGAUCUCAUCACGAGGACGAGAAAGAUAUGUGAACGUGGAUGUCUUCACCUACAUAAGAUCGUAUCCAACUCCAGAAAGGUAAUGCAAUCAGUUCCAGUUGAUGACAGAGGAAAGGACCUCAAGGAAUUGAAUCUUUUGCAAGACACUUUGCCUGUGGAAAAAGCUCUCGGAGUUCAAUGGUGCAUUGAAUCAGAUAAAUUUCAAUUCAGGAUCAACUUUCAGGAUAAACCACUGACUCGCAGAGGAAUCCUGUCUACAGUCAUGUCAGUGUAUGAUCCUCUAGGACUAUUAGCUCCUAUAAUACUUCCUGCGAAGCUGAUUCUCCAAGAAUUAUGUCGAACUUCUGCUGAAUGGGACGACCCCUUAUCUGAUGCACUCAAAGCUAAGUGGGAGCAGUGGAAGACCGACAUUCUCCAACUUCAGUACAUCUCCAUCGAUAGAUGCUACAAACCAAAAGACUUUGGAGAAAUCAAAGAUGUCCAACUUCAUCACUUCAGUGAUGCUAGUAACGCCGGUUAUGGGCAGUGUACAUACCUGAGACUUACAAAUAAAGAAGACAAGGUGCACUGUACUCUGGUGAUGGGAAAAUCUAGGGUCACUCCUAUCAAGACGGUAACCGUGCCCCGACUAGAGUUAACGGCAGCCCUGCUAUCUGUGAAAAUGAGUUCCUUUCUGCAAAAUGAACUCGAUUUUGUAAAUGCCAAGCAUUUCUUUUGGACUGAUAGCAGAGUAGUUUUAGGCUACAUUAAGAAUGAAGCAAGACGAUAUCAUGUUUUUGUAGCCAAUAGAGUGAGUCAGAUCAGAGACGAGUCACUGCCUUCACAGUGGCAAAAUAUUGACACCAGGAUUAACCCUGCUGAUACAGCUUCAAGAGGACUCUCCGUCAAUCAGAUAGAGCAAUCGAGAUGGUUAACUGGUCCCAAAUUCCUGUGGGAGAAGGAAAUUCCAACUGUUGAAAGUAAGGAUGAUGGUGAAAUGCUUCCUAAUGACCCAGAAGUGAAGCUAACUCAAGCUCAUGCUGCUUUCAAGAAGAAUGAUGAGUUUGAGCUGGAACGACUAGACCGCUUUUCCAGUUGGCAUCAAACCAGAAGGGCUGUAGCAAAUUGUCUCAGACUAAAGUCCUACUUGCGAAGACGGUGUGAACAGAAGCAUCAGAGAGCUAACCAGAGGAGCGAUGCUAAGAAGAUAAUAAUUGAACCUAUGUCUGCCGAAUUACUUCUCCAAGCAGAAAAGGAGAUAAUAAGGCAUAUACAAAGAAAAGCAUUCCAUGAUGAAAUUCAAAGACAGGAAGUUAUGAACGAUUCCACUCAGACAUCUCGUGAGAAGAGACGUCAUUCUAAGACUACUAGCCGUCUACAUCAACUCGACCCAUUUCUAGAUGGUGAGAACAUCCUGAGAGUAGGAGGUCGCUUGAGAAGGUCUGAAACUUCGUUCACAAACAAACAUCCUGCAAUCCUACCUCAAAGUCAUGUUGCAGAUCUGUUUGUAUCUCAUUGUCACGAAGCGGUUGCUCAUCAGGGAAGAGGUAUGACUACUAACUGUAUCAGAUCCCAUGGUUAUUGGAUAUUAGGUUGCAGUAAUCUUGUAUCCAAGCUCAUCUCUCGAUGUGUUACCUGUCGGAAACUACGACGACCAACUCAGAUACAAAAGAUGGCGGACCUACCAAAGGAUCGUCUAGCCUCUGAACCGCCAUUUUCUUACUGUGGUAUGGAUUGCUUUGGACCAUGGGUGAUCAGAGAAGGCAUAAAAGGAGGUAAAGGGAUAUGGCCUUCUCUUUACUUGUAUGUCUUCACGUGCAAUCCACAUAGAAGUACUAAACUCAUUGUCCACUGA